AUCAAAGAAUUGAGCCCACAGCGUCUUUGAAAAAAAUAUAAACAUGUUGAAAUGCACGCUUUAUUUCGUUACGUGAUGCUGUUUUACAGUGUUCACAAAUGUGUCAACAUUUCAAUUUACACAUAUUGUUACCCUAAAGAAAAAGAAAAGGAAAAGGAAAUCUGUUAAACCACUACUUGGGGUUUCAUUCCGAAAAUGGAAGAACUAAAGGAGGCAAAUCUAAAUAAUGUCGAUGAGACUGAGUUAGAGGAAAAAACGUAUGUAGAAGAUAUUAAAAAAGAGGAGCAAGAAGAACAAGAUGAAGAGGAUGAAGAAGCAUUGCCACACUCUGAAUUUCUUGACAUCUUUGAGGAAGGACUCGCUCUGAUGGUGCAGGACCCAUUACUGUGUGACCUGCCAAUUCAGGUCACAUUAGAGGAGGUGAACUCGCAGGUGGCUUUGGAGUAUGGCCAGGCCAUGACUGUUCGAGUUUGUAAGGCAGAUGGAGAAGUCAUGCCAAUUGUGGUCGUGCAGUCUGCUACAGUGCUGGAUCUGAAGAAGGCCAUUCGCAGAUAUAUGGAGCUUAAGCAACAGCGAGAGGGAGGUGUCAAGCACAUCAGCUGGAAAUACGUGUGGAGAACAUUUCAUCUGAUCUUCAAUGCAGAAAAAUUAGAGGAUGACAAAAGAAAGCUGAAAGACUACGGGAUCAGGAACAGAGAUGAAGUGACAUUCUUGAAGAAACUGAGGAAGAAACGAGCAGGGGGAAUUGCCGGUCCUCUUUUCAACAAUUAAAAGACAUUCAGUGGCUGUUACAAUUGUUCAAGCAAUUGUGCCAAAAAUAAAAUAAAAUAAAAAUGUUCAAGAAUUUA